AAGGUGGUCUCUUCGAGGGCUUGGCGCCAGGUACGUAAGUCACCGCGGCACUGCCGUUGCGGGUUGGGGCAAUCCUCCGACACGUCCCCGCACCGCCAUUGCGUAGUGCCCUCCGACAACCAGUCUCCAUCCCCAAGUCCCAUCUCGUUCUAGAUCGACCUCAUGGAUCUUCCUCCGCUCUCUCGCGAACAGCUGGCGGCUGUGGUGGCCUCGGCUCAGUCACCGACAGAGCUCUACAGCACACUAUCAGAGUAUGAAAGUGAGGCAUGUCUCCUCUCAACCUCAGAUGCGACACAAGCGGAGCUGCUCAGCCUUUACUACUCGACUUUCUUUUUCUCUCACCUUCUCACAGAUCAAAUUUGCGAAGCUCGUUUAUCGACGAAGCGUAUGCCACAAGACUUGUUACAGAAUGAUCCUUCCUUGCAGAACUGUUUAAAUCUACUUCGGGCUGUUUGGCAACGAAAAUACGAACAAGUCUAUACGAUUCUGAGAGCACUGCCAUGGUCGGAACCACUCAAACCAAUAGUCCAAAGCUAUGACGCUCAUUUUCAGGAAAAGACGUUGAAGGAACUCAGCAGAGCGUAUGAGGCGAUCAGACCAGCUGCCGCUGCCACCUAUCUCGGCCUCGACCCCGCCUCUGUCGAACAGGGAGAUCCGGCCACUAUGCAGAAAUUCAUAGCUUGUGGAUGGACUUGGGAGGAGGAAACCGGGCUAUUGCACCCCAAACCGAUCAUCGAAGCCCCACAGGACGACACCAAGCUAUACAAUGAACUAAGUGAGGUCAUGGCACUGGUCGGGAGCCGCCGGGUUUAGAGUGUAUGGGGGAUUGCACGCACGGGCUACCUUGCAACGGAUUAUCCUACUGUAAUCGAGGGGAUGGGGCGGCAAGAUCGGAUGGCUACAUAUCAGAGCGAAACAUCCCGCGUCCGCUCGUAAUGACUUGACGGCUUCACGAGCAACCAUAGAACGGCACCAUGAACAAUGGGCAUAACAUUGCGCAAGCGCACUCAGUACGAGAAGAUCAGCAAUGAAACCGAAGCAUACAACAGAAUCUCUUGCUCUUCUGGUCCAACUGUAGUGUACACACGCACGACAGCCCAGGGUAUGUACAAGAUGCGGGGAUGAUGUCUAUAGUUGAAAAAGAAAAAUCAUUCCUUCGCUCGCAAUGACACGACUCUGGGAAAUUAGACCAAACAA